AUGAAUAAUAAUAACUCUUUUUCAAAGAGUGGAAUUUUGCUUUUGGAAUUGAAUAAACAAAAAUAUAAGACUUAUUAAAUUUAUAUAAAUAAUUUAAACAUUAGAGAUAAUUAAUGUGGAUAAGUAGGUUGUAUAUAUCUAAAUUCUGAAAUUUCUAAUUUUAGAUUCAUUCUUUAAUGAAUUUAAAAGAAUUCUAACAUCUAAUUAAGAAUAAAUAUUAGGAUAAAUUAAACACGAUAUAAUUAUAAAUAAUUAUAAAUAUUUAGGAAAUUAAGCAGAAUUUGGAACAUGUUUAUUUCUAAUUAAUCUAAUGUAAUUACAAUUCUUUAAAGUAAUGAAGCAUAUUAAAUUGGAGGGAUAAUUUAUUUUAUAGGAUUAGAAUCCAAAUUAUUCUUAAUAGAUUGUUAUAUAAUCAAUAAUUAUGCAUAAAUUGCUGGUGCAAUCUAUUUUAAUUAUAGUAUAAGUUAAGAUAUAAAAAGAUUUGAUACAAAUUUUGUUGAAAUUGGUGCAUAUUUCUUUAGAAAUGCUUGUUUAAGUUCCAACUAAUUUAUCAAUUACUUUAAAUAACUAUAAAAGUAUUUUAAAUACAUAUCCUAUAUAUGAAAUUAAUGACUGUUUGUAUGAACAAUUAAAAAUUUUAAAUAUGAAAAUAGAGGAAUAUUUUUGCCAAGUGAAACUCCAAUCCAAAAAUAUUAAAAAUUUAAUUUAAAAUCUUAGCAAUUAUAACCAUUAAACUUAACUUUUAGAAUUGUUGCAUUAGAUAAUUUGA